GUUGAUCAGCAAGAGAUGAUUCCAAGUAAGAAGAAUGCUGUUCUUGUGGAUGGGGUUGUGCUGAAUGGCCCUACAACAGAUGCAAAAGCUGGAGAAAAAUUUGUUGAAGAGGCCUGUAGGCUAAUAAUGGAAGAGGUGGUUUUGAAAGCUACAGAUGUCAAUGAGAAGGUGUGUGAAUGGAGGCCUCCUGAGCAACUGAAACAGCUUCUUGAUUUGGAGAUGAGAGACUCAGGCGAGCCACCCCAUAGACUAUUGGAACUCUGUCGGGAUGUCAUACGCUACAGCGUCAAAACUAACCACCCAAGAUUUUUCAACCAAUUGUAUGCUGGACUUGAUUACUACUCCUUGGUGGCCCGAUUUAUGACUGAAGCAUUGAAUCCAAGUGUUUAUACGUAUGAGGUGUCCCCAGUGUUUCUGUUAGUGGAAGAAGCAGUUCUGAAGAAAAUGAUUGAAUUUAUUGGCUGGAAAGAAGGGGAUGGAAUAUUUAACCCAGGUGGCUCAGUGUCCAAUAUGUAUGCAAUGAAUUUAGCUAGAUACAAAUAUUGUCCUGAUAUUAAGGAAAAGGGGCUGUCUGGUUCACCAAGAUUAAUCCUUUUCACAUCUGCAGAGUGUCAUUACUCCAUGAAGAAGGCAGCCUCUUUUCUUGGGAUUGGCACUGAGAAUGUUUGCUUUGUGGAAACAGAUGGAAGAGGUAAAAUGAUACCGGAGGAACUGGAGAAGCAAGUCUGGCAAGCCAGAAAAGAGGGGGCAGCACCGUUUCUUGUCUGUGCCACUUCUGGUACAACUGUGUUGGGAGCCUUUGACCCUCUGGAUGAAAUAGCAGACAUCUGUGAGAGGCACAACCUGUGGCUUCAUGUAGAUGCUUCUUGGGGUGGCUCAGCUUUGAUGUCGAGGAAGCACCGCAAGCUUCUGCAUGGCAUCCACAGGGCUGACUCUGUGGCCUGGAACCCACACAAGAUGCUGAUGGCUGGGAUCCAGUGCUGUGCUCUCCUUGUGAAAGACAAAUCUGAUCUUCUUAAAAAAUGCUACUGUGCCAAGGCAUCUUACCUCUUCCAGCAGGAUAAAUUCUAUGAUGUGAGCUAUGACACAGGAGACAAGUCUAUCCAAUGUAGCAGAAGACCAGAUGCAUUCAAGUUCUGGAUGACCUGGAAGGCCCUGGGUACAUCAGGCCUUGAAGAGAGAGUUAAUCGUGCUCUUGCUUUAUCUAGGUACCUAGUAGAUGAAAUCAAGAAAAGAGAAGGAUUCAAGUUACUGCUGGAACCUGAAUAUGCCAAUAUUUGCUUUUGGUACAUUCCACCGAGCCUCAGAGAGAUGGAAGAAGGACCUGAGUUCUGGGCAAAACUUAAUUUGGUGGCCCCAGCCAUUAAGGAGAGGAUGAUGAAGAAGGGAAGCUUGAUGCUGGGCUACCAGCCGCACCGGGGAAAGGUCAACUUCUUCCGCCAGGUGGUGAUCAGCCCUCAAGUGAGCCGGGAGGACAUGGACUUCCUCCUGGAUGAGAUAGACUUACUGGGUAAAGACAUGUAGCUGCGGCUUUCGUCCCCCAGAGGCAUAAAUCCUGUCCUGGGAGAGUUUAGAUUCAGAACAUCUUGGGGAUACACAGUAGAUUGCAGCCCUUCUGAUGAGAAAUAGGAAAUACUUCCAAGUCCAGGCCCAACAAAACCAAAAUGCUAAGCAAUGAAUAUGAAGGACUCUCUAGCUGCCUGGGCAUUACUGUUGCUAAAAGAAGAAAGUUUAAAAAAAAUGAUUUUCUCAAGGAAUGCCCCUGGAACACAGCUCUGAUAGUAAGUACCAUGCAGGUUCUGGAUUCUAAGCUUACAUUGCUCUUUAAAGAACUUAUAAACUCACAGUUUAAAGCAGUGGUUCUCAAAGUGUGGUCCCUGGACUAUCAGCAUCAAAGCAUCACCUGGGAACUUGUUAAAAUGCAGAUUCUCAGGCUUUCCCCAGACCAACUGGAUCAGAAGCUCUGGGGGUAAGGCCCAGUAUUCUGGGUUUUAACAAGCUCUUCAGGGUAUUCUGAUGCACAGUAAAAUCUGAGAAACACUGGUUUAAGAAAAACCUUGUAAUGAUCGAAUGCUCACUCUGAUAUUUUGCCAGCAAAGGGAUAUCUAAUGUUUCAGAAACCUCUGAGCCAGUCUUUGAAAAAAUACAACUAUGGCAUCUGUAGCACAAAUAUUUAAGGACAUCGGAAGCAUGUCAAAAGCUGUUUUUAAAGAGAGAAACUGUAUAAGAUGUUUACUUCAUAGAGAUGUAUGUUUUAUGCAGGCUGAAUGUUUAUCUCAAAAGUUCAAAUUAUCCAUUCUGUUUUUUCUCAGUUAGAGAUUAGAAUAAAAGGCAAACACUUUGUAGUGUGGCCCUUUCAAUCAAUGAGCAAUAGUCCUAAUUCACUUCCCAAAAUCAUUUGUGUCAUUAGCCAGGGAUGGACUCUCUCUAUAUAUAUAUUCAAACCACAACAAUUGAAAGCACAAUAAUUGACAGAAAAAUACAGGUUCUAUUAAUAAAUUAACAAACUGUUAGUCUUCAAAAUAGAAAUGCACAUAAUAUUCAUAUCAGUUUUUUCUUGGUAGACAACUGGAAGGUUUUCUCUUUUUUUUCAUCUAUGACUAAUUUUCCUUAUUCAAGGUACCUGAACUGGGGUGCUUUUUAAGAAAAAUUUGGGAACAAAUUUGGGACAUAUAUAUAUGUUUCUGUGAUAUAUACAUAUAUGUUUCUGUGUUCCUCUUUUAGCUUGAGGGGCUUGUUUCUUAUCUUGCUCUGUGCCUCAUAGGGAAAAAACACAAGGAAGUCCACGGUUGUACAACAUUCCCUUUCCUAAGAUUUGAAAUGUCAGUAUAGAUUAUUAAGUGGUUUAUAUUAGAGAAUCUGGGAAUCAUCAGCCUUUCAGUGGAAAUACUUCCUCCAUUUCGCCUGAUAGUGGGUGAUUUUAACUCUAUCUCUGACCCUGGUCCUAGAUUUCAGGAAAGUUUUAUUUAACUAAGAAAUUGAUGGAAUUCAUAGAUGUGGGCGUAGAGUUCAACAAGAUAAGAUUAUGAAUAUAAUAAAGCUCUGCAUUGAAAGGUGAAUGAUUGAAGAGUAUUAAAGUAUUAGACUUAGCAUAUUCAAUAACAUUUACAUACUCCAUUAUUAACUAAUGUCAUUUAAAUUUUGAGUACUAUUUGCUUUUAUUGCUUAUUUUCAUUUUAGUGUGCAGUUUCUUGGUAUCUCUAUUGGUCAAAGAAUAUUAAAUCUUUCUCUGAAUUACUUCAAAGUCUCAGGUGAAACCUAUUUGUGUG